CGAACGCCCCACCAUACUAACUCCAUUGCCGACUUGACCGCAAGAGUAGGAACACGUACGCGCGGCCGAACGAACUUUUCCUCGCGAAAAAAAACUUGUGUUACACUCAGCGGCCAAAAAAAAAACCAAGACGGCCAACGAAAAAUUAUUACUCGUUCUUUUUUACAUUCAGCGCGCCAUUUGACGUCGCGACACGGUUUCAGUACAGAAUUUCAGUAAUAAGAAAAUUUUGAAUAAAAUCGUUUUUUUUUUUCAAUACAAUUUGUGGCUUAAUUUCUCUGGACGUGGACCGGGAACGAACCGACGAUGUCGUCGAAAAAGCAACUCCACAACCAAGCGGCUAUACCGUUAGCGCCGGCGGUUUUUAAGAAACCCCAAAUGCGGCCGAUGAUUGCCGAAUAUGACCCCAAGAGAAAAGGAGUUAGAAAUGAUCUGUCAGACAUCGUAAUGGUCAAAUACAAAGUCGAUCCAAAUGACAUACCGGUGGAACAGCAGGCGGGGUCGACCCUCCCUCUCAUGGAGAUACCGGGCCGGGACACGGAGGUGGACGAGGACUAUAACCCCUUCGAGCACAGGAAGCUGGCACACCCUACGUCAGACUUGGACACGUUGAUUCACUUGCUGAAAGGAUCGCUCGGUAGUGGUAUCUUGGCCAUGCCGAUGGCGUUCAUGAACGCAGGUCUCUACUUCGGCCUGGUGGCCACUUUCGUCAUCGGCGGUAUCUGCACUUACUGCGUGCAUGUCCUCGUGAAAACCGCCCACGAGCUGUGCAGGAGAAUGCAGAAACCUUCACUGGGCUUCGCCGAAACUGCAGAAGCCGCUUUCUUGUCCGGACCACCAGCUGCGCAUAAAUUUUCGAGACUUGCCAAGGCCAUGAUAAACUGGUUCCUCGUGAUCGAUCUCCUGGGCUGUUGCUGCGUGUACAUCGUCUUCGUCGCCAAGAACGUGAAGCAAGUCGUCGACUACCACGCCAAAGAGAGUGAAUGGCUCCCGCACGACCUGGACCUGCGGAUCUACAUGGUGGCACUCCUUCCUCUGCUGAUCCUGAUGAACCUUAUCAGGAAUCUAAAAUACUUGGCUCCCUUCUCCAUGAUUGCCAACCUGCUCGUCGCAACUGGAAUGUCGAUAACUUUUUACUAUCUAUUUCAAGACAUCCCAAGCUUGAGUGAACGCAAGCCAUUCGCUGAGUGGGAACGCCUACCGACCUUCUUCGGUACUGCCAUAUUCGCUCUGGAAGGCAUCGGUGUAGUGAUGCCCCUCGAGAACAACAUGAAGACGCCGACUCACUUCAUCGGAUGCCCCGGAGUCUUGAAUUUUGGCAUGUUUUUCGUGGUUUCACUGUAUGCUCUUGUUGGAUUCUUUGGAUAUUUGAAAUUCGGCGAUGAGACCGAAGGCAGCAUCACCCUCAAUUUGCCGCAAGAUGAAGCGCUGGGACAAAGCGUCAAGCUGAUGAUCGCGGUGGCCAUCUUCUUCACAUACUGCCUCCAGUUCUACGUGCCCAUGGAGAUCAUCUGGAAGAACGUCCGCCACUUCUUCGGCGCCAAGAAGAACCUCGCGGAGUACAGCAUCAGGAUCGCCAUCAUCGUCUUGACCCUUUGCAUAGCCAUAGCCAUUCCAGACUUAGGGCCUUUCAUUUCCCUGGUUGGCGCCGUUUGCCUCUCGUUCCUCGGUCUCAUAUUCCCCGCAGUCAUCGAGACGGUGACCUUCUGGGACCGGCCCAACGGCCUCGGGCGCUACAACUGGGUCCUCUGGAAGAACCUCUUCUUGAUCUGCUUCGGGAUCCUCGGCUUCCUAACGGGUUCCUACGUCAGUAUUUUAGAUAUAAUCAAAGGUGAAGAAUAAUAGACUUACGGGAAAGACUAAGAUAGAUUAAAGCUCAAAUUGGAUUUAAGAGCUUAUUUUUCUUUAUCCGUAAUUUUGCUUUUAGAUCCAUUAUUAUCAUUUUAUACUAUUAUAAUAAUAGUUAUAUAGUUUCCUAAAUAUCGUGAGUUUUAUACGGCUCAAUGUUAUUUUUCGAGAUUAGUAUUAUUUACAUGCCAGUGUGGUAGUCGCCUAGCGGGUUGUGUUGUAAUUCCCUGACGCUAAACACGGGGUUUUACAGCUCGUUUUGUUUGUAGCAUCGUAUCUACCAAACUCAUGGGCAUUCAGCGUGGUUUCUUUUGUUUGAAUUAAACUAUAAUUAACUAACUCGGCACAUUUCCCUCCAAGCAUUUCUCUAAGUAAGUUCAAAACACAUGCUUGCAUUUUCUUCGCAAUUGAGAAUGCCGCUCAGCAAUAAAAUCAAUUUAUAAUUCAGUUAUAUUUAAGUUCAGAUUUGAAAGGAUAGUUUUGAAAAUAAGUAGGUAUAUAGUAUUGGCGUCACUCAGAAAAGCAGGUAUUAUUUAAAUAUUUUUAUCGAAUUAUUGGAAUGUCCUCUCCAAAACCAACACAAAAAA